AGGAUACUGGCUCUUUCCUCAUCUCAUUUUUCAUUUCCUCUCCCCAGGUUUGUCAGUGACACCCUCCUGCUAGAGGAAAUGAUGUCAGACCCUCUACUGCGUCAGUAUGGCAUUGUGGUGUUGGACGAGCUCCAGGAGCGUACCGUGCCCACCGACGUGCUGCUGGGCCUGCUGUGUGACGUCUGCCGGCAGAGGCCUGACAACUUCCGGGUGGUUCUCCUGACUCACCCGACGCUGGCACCUCGCCUCUCUGCCUUCCUGGGACCAUCUGUCCCUCACCUCUCCCUGGACAGCAUGCUCACAGAACCCCCUACCAGAGACCAGGAGGAGGGGAGCGAGGUAGAGGGCUACAGGAUGGCUGUUGAGUUGAACAGGGUGGAGACGCUGUACAGGGAGCUUUCAUCAGGGAAGGAACCGGCGGCUGCUGCCUGUCACAUGGUGCUGGAUCUGCACCGAAGGGGAGAGGAGGGAAAUGUGAUGGUGUUUUUGGCCAGUGCCCAGGAAACAGAGGCGUGUGUCGCUCUGCUGGAGAAGGAGUGUGUAGCUCUGAGUCCUCAGCUUGGUCCUCUCAGGAUCUUCCCCCUCCAUGCUGGACUGGGUGGGCUGACCCAGCGGGUCUACGAAUCCAGCCCCGAAGAUUCAACGCUAAGGGAGAGUGACCGCUCCGAGGUCUUGGAUGGCUCAGUGCUGGGAGCCGGAGGUCAGGGGGUGAAAAGGAAGGUUAUCCUCUCCGAUACCCUCGCAGAGGCUUCCUUCUCCCUGCCAGCCAUUCGCUAUGUCAUAGACACAGGCCUGCAACUCAAAACUGUUUACAACACACAAAUACGAGCUAACUCGCAGGUCGUGAGGACGAUCAGCAAACACCAGGCCGACAUGAGAACUGAAAGGGUGAACAGCCACCUCCCAGGGCUGUGUCUCCGUCUUUACCCCCAGUCUCUGUAUGAGGAUGGGAUGGAGGAGGCUCAUUGUCCAGGGGUGGUGGAGGAAAACCUGAGCCACAUGGUGCUGUUGCUUAAGAGGCUCGAUAUUGCUGACAUGGGACAGUGCAAGUUCCUUGACAGACCAGCCCCCGAGGCUCUGAUGCAGGCUCUGGAGGACCUGGACUACCUGGCAGCACUGGAUGACGAUGGGAACCUGUCAGAGGUGGGCAUCAUAAUGUCGGAGCUGCCUCUGGAGCCACCGCUGGCUAAAGCCCUGAUCGCUGCCUGCGAGUACGACUGUGUUGAUGAGCUGCUCACUAUAGCCGCCAUGCUUACAGCUCCUUCCUGCUUUGUGACAGCAGAACCCAGCAGAGAGGAGGCUGUUGUCACACACUGGCGACCCCUGAUGCACGCAGAGGGAGACCACAUGACUCUCAUUCAUAUUUACAACACCUUCAUAGAGCAUAAUCAGGAUGAGGUGUGGUGCACGACAAACUUCCUCAGUCACCCCGCCUUGCGAUUGGCUGUGGUGAUCAGGGCGGAGCUGCUGGAGGUGAUGCAGCGAAUAGAGCUUCCUGUUUCUCCUCCUGCUUUCGGAUGCCAAGACAACUGCACGAACAUCAAGCGUGCUCUCAUCUCAGGCUUCUUCCUCAAAGUGGCUCAUGAUGUGGAUGGCUCAGGUAACUACCUCCUGCUAACUCACCGCCACGUGGCUCACCUGCAUCCCUUCUCCUCCUACCUGUGUCGGCAGCCGUGCCCCAAACCCCCGAGCUGGGUCCUGUACCACGAAUUCACCAUCUCCUGUGAUAACUGCAUCCGCAUCGCUUCAGAAGUCCACCCUCAGAUGCUUGUGGAGUUGGCCCCUCAGUACUACCUGGGAAACCUGCCGUCGAGUGACGGCAAAGAGCUGCUCAUGGAGCUGAGGCAGAGUCUGGAGCCCCCUUCAUACGAGCCGAACCAGGGCUCAGACGAGCACAGCAGGACUCACAGAGACGCAGACGGGACAGCAGAGACUCACAGUCAGUCCGGCACUGAGCUCUGUGUCGUCCAAUGAGACGGAAGAAGACACUAAACACACGGCUGUCACUUUAUAGUUUGAUCUGAGAUUUGGUACUUUGUAUAAAUUAAGGUUUAAUCAUUUUGUUGUGUGAUUUCAAAUGGAGCUUUACUGGAAAACACUAAAGUACAGUGAUGUAUUGUUAAUAUAUCUAUAUGCAGUGGCUUUGGAAAAUAUUCAAACCACUUCAUUUCCUCCUUGUUGUGCUAUGGAUUGACUUAAUUCAAAGUUUUAUUUAGAAUGUUUUUUAUUUAAUGAGGGACUUCUGUGUUUCUGUUAUUCUAUAACUAAUUUAGUGUAGUAAUAGUCUGUAAUCACUCUCUCGUUGUGCAGCGGCACACAAACAUUGAUUGUAAUUUGUGUCGUGGCGCAACACAAAUUGUAAAAAGUGAAGUGGAUGAAAUACUUGUCAAACAAAGUGCCAUUUCUGUUAAGACACUAGAGACUUCAGCUAAAAGCAAUACGCACUGCUUCAGUGUUCUGGCUUCUCAGGGCUCACUGUGAUGUACACAGCUUCUGUUUUCAACCUUUUGAUACUGUUUGUAUAAGGUUUUGGGUUUCCUGCUUAGAUUCUGCCUUUUUCUCUCCGUCUUUGUGUCGGUAAUGAAAAAUCUUAUUUAAUAGGAUUUCUGUCAAUACAGUACUUCAAUACUUCAAAUAAAAGUGUUUUUUCAUGUUGGAAA